CUCACUGGCAGCCAUUCUCUCACUCCUAUAAUACUUGACUUCUUGUUGGCUCCUGCUGCUUCCAUUCUUACAGUGUCAAAGCGUCAUCAUGCUCUGUUGGACCAGUCAGUUUGUGCGGCAACUGUGCUAGGUUUGUGGAUGGCCCUUCAGAGUAUUUUUCCUGAAGAAAAGAUGAUAGAGAUGUUCUAUGACAAGAGUAAACACACUUGA